CCAGAGCUAGGGCGCUGUCCACGGUGCUGAAACGCCGCUUGAACCAAGAAACUACAGGCGCUGCUGUCCGCGGAGCUAAAACCUACAGUGUCCAGUCCGCGGUCCUGAAUCUCUUACAGCCGGAGACCCCAGCCGCAUAGCCGUGUACAGCAAGCAUCCCGGCCGCCGUCUCCCCCACCCUUAGACACCGCAUCUCCCAGCCUUCUCUCCCCUCCCCAGUGACCCUGCAAGGAUGGCCUGGCCUCCCCAUUCAUCGGCCGUUGUCGUCUUCGCCCUGACCCUCACGUUGCUUGGCGCCGUCAGAGCUGGCAUCCUGACAGAGGAUAGUCACAGGGAACACCAGCGUCCAGACAACCUGAAGGAGAACAGACAGAUCCCUCACCACCAAGGCCAGGGGUUGUUCCCAGAGGAUGGGAAGAUGCCUGAGGGUGAGACAGAAAAGUUCAAGAGUCACCAGGACAGAUCCGCUCCUUCCCAGCCCAACAUGGAAUCCAGUUUCGAUGAUGAGCUAUUCAAGGACAUGGAUGCCAAGACCCUGACAGCCAUUCUUCUGCAAGCUUUGAAGGUAGAUGAAGAACAGCCCAGUGCCAGGGAGGAGCCAAGGCAGCGCGAUGGAGGGGCAAACCCCUCCACCAACCUCGCGUCACCAGAGGUGGAACCCAACAACUUGACGGAGAACGUGAAGAGUAAGACCAGAGUGGGGAAGACCCAGAGGAGCCCCGUCUCCCGAGAGAGUGAAGAGUCAGACUGGAGGAUUGGGGAGGAUGAAGAAGACUCCCUGACGCCACAGAACAUUGACAGGCUGGAGACCAUGCUGCAGGACAUGGAGAGAUACAGUGCAGCCACUAAAAGGGAGAGGUCCAACACUGCCCAACGCUCAUUAGCCAAGGGCGACGAGUCAAUGGAAAAUGAUGUGCUGAGAGACCUGGAUGUACUUGAAGACCUAGUGGGCAGGAAGGAGAAAUACUCUGACUAUGAGGAGAGCCAGGAGGACACCCGGAGUAGAGUGAAGUACAGCCCCAAAGCCCAAGAGGGCAACACGUGGAAGGGCAGCAAGCAAAGGGCAACAGAUAGAGCAUCCGACCUGUUGCUGCAGUACUUAUUGAGGGGAGAGGCCAGCCAGGAGGAAGAGGAGGAGGAGAAGGUGAGAGACAACAGGAGGAAGGUUGGAGGGGACUCGGAGGACAGUGCCUCCCAGGAGAAGAGGUCAGACGAAGACGAAGAUGAAGAUGAAGAUGAGGAUAUAGACCCCCAGACAAUUGACAGGCUCAUUGAGAUAUCGAGCAAGCUUCAUCUGCCUGCCGAUGAUGUAAUCGACAUCAUCAAUGAUGUGGAAAAGAAGAGGAAAGAUCCAACAGAGAGGCUAGAGAGCAGAUACGGGACAUCGUCCCGGGAUAGGUACAAGACCCUGGACAGCAACUACCUUCCCCAUCACUGGCCAGAGAAGACCAGACACCGUGCCAAUGAUGAGAUGAGCCUUCAGGAUCUGCUGGGUGACAAUAAUGCUCUAGACUACGACAGCAUGGCUUAUCCUGUCCCUAGGAGGUACCGACCCAGGCCAAACAGUUAUCCCAAUUACAUCCACCCCAGGCUCUCCCAGCCUCGCCACCGCCCCUAUUACUACCAGCCACCACCCCCAGUCUACCGAAACAAGGAGUAUUAUGAGGAUGAAGACAACGAGGAAGAGCUGGAGAACUACAUCGAGAAGAUCUUGCUCAAGCAUCCAGAGGUCUUCCAGUAGAAUGAAAGCAACAACGAAAUGGUCCAAUCAUUGGUUUGUUUUCCUUUUGCUCCCCACCCUCCUACCCCUCUCCCACACCCACUUUCGCUUUUGUCUAGAUUAUUGGUUCAGUAAGGUUUUUCUGCAUGAGCCAGGCAAAAGUGUGGAUACAUUGCCCCCACCCUGUCUCACUCUGAACACGGCUGUGCACCCCACCCGCCCAGACCUUUCUCACAUCCUUCCUUUCUCCCCCACCCCCAGCCACACUCCUCCCCGUACUGGGCCAGAAGGAGAGCAAGGUCUGAUAUUUUUGUACAACAUCCUGGAUUCAAGGAGAUUAUCCCCAGUCGCUGCCUGCAACUCUUCAGAACAGUGAUGGUGAUCAUGUUUCUUGUGUAGGUGUGUGUGUGUGUGUGUGUGUGUGUGUGGGGCGGAGGAAUCGUCUUUUACAGCAAAGAAUGCAGACAUUUGGACCGCCACAUCUGUGCUAGCCCUCCUCAGGGGCAAAUCACGUGCUGUCCUCCCAUCCCCACCUCCAGCCAUGCGUGCUCUCCCUCUUUCAGAACAGGUGCAGCACAGAAGGGGACAGCUCUGCCCAUUUGCAUCCAUACUGUCCUAAUUCUACUUUUCGAUACUGGAUCCGUAUCCCUUGGGUGCACACCCAGGUACCUCUGCAAGGAAUUGAGGGCUGCAUCCUCACUGCACAAAGAGCGAGUUUUGGACUCGGGUCAGCCUCUGAGUGAGAAAUGCCUUCCCCAUUGCCCACCUUCUACCCACCACCCACUUUAAAUCGAUGCCUCCCCCAGUCACUGACCCCUUUGUUGAGCAAAACAAGAAGAUCCUUCCUUUUCUCUUUAUCCGACCUUACAUAUCGCAAGCAAUUACAUUCUCUUCCACCGCUACCCAUUUUUAAAAAAAAGAGGCAUGUACAGGGUCACCCAUGGCUUAAUCAGUGUUGUGCGUGUGCACACGUGUGUGCGUGUCUGCAUGUGUGUGUGUGUGCGUGUAUGUGUGAGUGUGCAUGUGUGUGCAUAUAUGUGAGUGCGUGUGUGUGA